AUGCCUGGUCUGGCUGCUGCCGAUGCUUACAUCGGCGUGAGAAGCCGGGGAAGAAAACCUACGCUAGAUGCACGCGAGAAGAUCUACGUCGCGCCAUUGAGGUCAGAGCAUUCUGGGGCAUUCAAGACGAGCCUGGUCACCAUUAUGGAUUCGCUGCAGGUGCAUCCCAAUAAGAAAGUGCGUCGGAGGACCAAAGAGUUGGACUAUCAAGAGGAUUGGGUAUUGACCAGCUUAGCCUUCGCGUCUGCUGGCUUCAACAUUCGGUGCGAAUACAUUGCCGUGGCUGCUAAGCACUACGGGCCUGGCGGUCACGGCAAUGAUGAGAAGAAGCGGCAGGCCGCUGAAGCAAGAGCCAACCGCGAGUUGGUGAAUUGUUUCGGCGUGUCCUCAAUUAAGGACAGGGGUAUCGGGUUGAGGGAUGCUCGGUAA